CGCAGCGGUUCGGCUGCCGGGGACGGUCGGCGCAGUCGCGAGCUGCCGGCGGUGUGGGAGCCAUCAUGCCGCGGGAGUUCGAGCUGUGCCCCGGGCGCCGCGUUGGCGGCGACCAUCCUUGCUUCAUCAUCGCGGAGAUCGGGCAGAACCACCAGGGAGACCUAGACAUCGCCAAGCGCAUGAUCCGCAUGGCCAAGGACUGUGGGGCAGACUGCGCUAAGUUUCAGAAGAGCGAACUGGAAUACAAAUUCAACAAAAAAGCUUUAGAGAGGCCGUACACCUCCAAACACUCGUGGGGAAAGACCUACGGGGAGCACAAGCGCCACUUGGAGUUCAGCCACGACCAGUACAGAGAGCUGAAGAAGUACGCGGAGGAGGUUGGGAUUUUCUUCACGGCUUCUGGCAUGGAUGAGAUGGCUGUGGAAUUUCUUCAUGAACUGGAUGUUCCAUUUUUCAAAGUAGGAUCAGGAGAUACAAACAAUUUUCCGUAUUUGGAAAAGACUGCAAAGAAAGGACGCCCAAUGGUGAUUUCCAGCGGGAUGCAGUCGAUGAACACAAUGCAUCAGGUUUAUCAGAUUGUGAAGCCCAUCAAUCCAAACUUCUGCUUUCUGCAGUGCACCAGUGCCUACCCACUUCAGCCUGAGGAUGUCAAUCUCCGUGUUAUAUCGGCAUAUCAGUCAGCUUUUCCCGACAUCCCCAUUGGCUAUUCGGGGCAUGAAACUGGCAUUGCCAUUUCGGUGGCAGCUGUUGCUCUGGGUGCUAAAGUAGUGGAACGUCACGUGACUCUUGACAAAACAUGGAAAGGAAGUGACCACCAAGCAUCCCUGGAGCCAAAGGAGCUGGCAGAGUUAGUGAAAGCGAUCCGUACUGUGGAAAAAGCAAUGGGUUCUCCAAUCAAACAGCUCUUGCCUUGUGAAAUGGCUUGCAAUGAAAAGCUGGGGAAGUCUGUUGUGGCAAAAGUGACAAUUCCUGAAGGUGCCGUACUGACACUUGACAUGCUGACAGUGAAAGUGGGAGAGCCUAAGGGAUAUGCUCCAGAAGCCAUCUUUGAUCUGGUGGGCCAGGAGGUUAAAAAAACGAUUGAAGAAGAUGAAACCAUCACUGAGCAGGCAGUGGAAAAUCAUGUCAAGAAAGUGAAGUGCUAAACCGAAACCCUCCAUUUGAUAUUUUAUGAUGUAGGCCUGUCCUACUGCACAACAUGUUUAAGUAUCGCUGCAUGGUAGGUUAGAAACAAUCCAAGUAGACGAACAUUUUAGCAGGUCUAUUUAGCAGGAAGUUUUUGCAGCUAGGGGAUAUAAAUUAUGAAGAGCAAUGUUACUGGAAACUGCAUAGCACUGUGUCUAGAAGAUACCAUGUUCCUCCUCUUUCAUUCCACUCUAGAUUAAUUCAGAAUUUUUGCCAAAUCUGAGACCAAGGUCUACUGUUUUCUAGCUUUCCUCUUCUGGUCAGAAUACACUAAUCCUAAUAAUUUGUCUAUACUUGAAUUGUUCUAUUGCUGUACCUUUUUAUGUCUCUCUCUUCUGCUAUUUCCCUCAAUCCUGUGAAAAUAGGAUGCUACUUCAAGUUGAAUGCAGAGAAGAGAAAGAUUACAUAAACUAAGCCGAAAACUUUAUACAUGCAGUGUGAUAGAUUCUUCUUAAGAUAAAUCUUAAGAUUUAAAAAGAAGUCUCGAGGUAAAGAAGUGGGUUGCAGGAACCUGCCUGAGAAAUGGAAGUGGACAAACUCACAGAAGUGUGGCAGCGUAAGGAAGGGAGAUAACUGUCUAUUCCUGUAAUGCCACUCUUUCAAAAACUAGCUCCUUGGGAACUAGAUUCCAAUAUGCACAUACUUUCUCAAAGGCGGCAGUACCAGUAAAGCCAGUGAACUGGAUAUGUAGACAACUCCCAUAUAAGGAGCAAGAAAAGGAGCCUUUUUGUACUUCUAAGCUGAAAGGCAAGACAGCAAGCUAGACGGGGCAAAAUUCGCUCAAGAUGGAUCAGUGGAAGUAAAAUCAAUCUAUGCUUCCAGAAAUUGGCAAAAGUAUCUGUCAGCUUACUGAAUCCUGGCAUCCUAAUAAAUUCUGCAGUGCAGUUGUUUUUCUCUGUUUGUAUGUGGGGACGGAUUCUCAGGUAAGUCAAAUGCUAGUAAAGAUUUUACAGCCUCCUUUCUGGACAAAGACACUGUGUUGGGAUUCUUUUUUUGUUUGUUUUUCCCACACACUGCUCUUUGAAACAGCUGAAGCUAGAUGCUUGACUAGAUCACCUCAUUGACUGGAUCACAGCAUGGUUGCCAGCAGUCCUCUGUGCACUCCAUUCUUGCAGUACAGGUUCUUUUCAAGUAAGAAGUGCAGUCCCACUGCCCACUGUCAUGCUGCUCUUAGCUUUGUUUAGGCAGGACCAGAUGGCAGCAGGUAUAACACAUCUCUCAACUAGCUUGAUUAGCAGAGAAUCACAUUGGUGUAAUCAGUCUGCAUUUGUGAAAGAAUCAUUUACUAGUUAUGGUUAUUAUGGUUAUUGCUACCUCUUGGUCAUGACUUGGUAGAAUAUCUUGAAUUUGAUGGUGAUGUUUCUGUGCCUGUGAGUGGUUUACUUUCAAAAUGUGUAAUCUUCUGCAAUUCUGAAGAGUCUGUAGUUCUAUCUUUAAACUGGGAAGAAACUCUCUGAAUCAUGUGCUUCUGACAGUCUGUGAGCUCUGUUGCAGUUUGCUUGCCUUACAUUAAGAAACAACUCAAUUGUUGAAUUUUUUUUAAUGGCAAAUUUUAAAAAUAAAUCCAGCUUUCAAAACAA